AAAUAUAUUAUAUAUAUUAGCCUAAAAGAAAAACCUCAGUUAGGGUUUCCAGCUAUUAGAAGGUGAGAGCGAAGCCGCCGCCGAUCCCGCCUCCGAUCGUAACUCUGCCCGCCGAUUCGAAACCUGAGCCAUGUCGUUGAUAGCGAAUGAGGAUUUCCAGCACAUUCUGCGUGUGCAGAACACCAACGUAGAUGGGAAGCAGAAGAUCAUGUUCGCGUUGACCUCAAUUAAGGGCAUUGGCCGCCGAUUCGCUAACAUUGUCUGUAAGAAAGCCGAUGUCGAUAUGAACAAGAGGGCUGGCGAACUUUCUGCUGCAGAGAUCGACAAUUUGAUGGUCAUUGUAGCAAAUCCUCGGCAAUUCAAGAUUCCUGACUGGUUUUUGAAUAGGAAGAAGGAUUACAAGGAUGGAAAGUAUUCACAAGUGACAUCUAAUGCCUUGGAUAUGAAGCUGAGGGAUGAUCUCGAGCGCCUGAAGAAGAUUAGAAACCACCGGGGUCUCCGUCACUAUUGGGGUCUUCGCGUCCGUGGCCAGCACACUAAGACUACCGGCCGUAGGGGAAAGACUGUCGGUGUCUCCAAGAAGAGAUGAGCAUCUUCUUGUUUUUCUGUUUCAAUGUUUUCUGUUUGGGAUUUUGGAUAUUAUUAUACUUUUUGACGAUUAUGUGACGUGCUAUAAGUUUGUUAUUUGCGAAUUGAAUCACUUUGCAUA